GGGUUCAGCGUUCAAACAAUCGGUCACUAAACAUAAAGAAAACAGGGAAAAAGGAGCAUCAUUUGUGGAUGAAAAGGGAUUCAGCUGGAUCUGGGCAGAAGGCAUUAAAUCUUGUUCAAAUUGUCUCAAAACUUCCAAGUGAAAAGGAAGCCAUAUAUGGAGAAUUGGACAAAUGGACUGCUUGGGAGACAGAAUUUCCUGUUAUUGCUGCUGCAAAAGCUUUGGAAAUUAUGCGAAAACGGAACCAGUGGUUACGAAUUAUUCAGGUCAGUAAGUGGUUAUUAAGCAAAGGUCAAGUCCUCACUAUGGGAACAUAUGACACCCUACUGUUGGCAUUGGAUAUGGAGGGAAGGAUAGAUGAGGCUGAGACUAUUUGGAAUGUAAUUCUGCAAACGCACACACGAUCAGUCUCAAAACGAUUAUUCUCUCGGAUGAUUGCAUUGUAUGAGCACCAUCACGUUCCAGAAAAGAUUGUAGAGGUAUUUGCAGAUAUGGAGGAAUUAGGAGUGAAACCUGACGAUGACACAGUUAGAAGGAUCGCGAGAGCUUUUGAGAAAUUGGGUCAGGUCGAGAAUCAGAAACUGGUGCUGAAAAAGUAUCAGAACAAGUGGAAGUAUCUGCACUUCAAUGGCGAGCGUGUUAGGGUUCGGAACCCAGAAUAUAUGAGCAAAUAAUGCGACUCAAUAAAAAAGGGAAAAUCCAUGAUUCAUAGUAGUCUGGAAUCAUCACAUCCUGAGGUCUGACUGCAGUUCCAAGUCUGACUGCGGUUCCAGGUGCAGUCUAUUGGACAAGGGGAGAUCUCAGUAUUGUUUCAGGAAAAUCCUUCAUUCAUAUAGAAUAUGAGAAUGAUUCUCUUUGUAGAACUUUAAAUAUAAGAAAAGGAGACUGCAGUUCCUCAGGAGAAUAAAGGCCAAACUGGCAAGUGGCUCCAACAAAUUGUACAGAGGCUCAGAUGUAUAUUUCUUCUUAUUUUGUAAGUUAUUCUAGUGUAUUAGCGGAUGCCUUCAAUAA